GAGAUUGUAACUUGUUCUAUCAUUCCAUACGCUACCUUGGAGAGAUCGGCUCCCCCCCAAUUAACUCAUAGUGUCGACAUGGGUUGCCAGGAAGAGCCUUUGGUUCAAAAAGUCUGCGAUUUGUAUUUGCAAAUCUCAAGCCUUGAGAGUCUCAAACCCUCCAAAGAUGUCAACAUGAUCUUCACCCAACUUGUGCUCACAUGCAUGCCAUCAAGCCCUAUUGAUGUAACCAAGCUGUGCAAAAGGGUGCAAGAAACGAGGUCAAAGCUGAUUAUGCUCUGUGGGGAGGCUGAGGGACUUUUGGAGAGCCAUUUCUCAACCAUCUUGGGCUCAUAUGAAAACCCACUUGACCAUCUCACUAUUUUUCCUUACUAUUCUAAUUACCUCAAGCUUAGCCUCCUUGAGUUCACCAUCCUUAGCCAACACUGCGCCCAUGUCCCUAGCAAAAUUGCCUUUGUGGGCUCUGGUCCCCUUCCGCUUACCUCAAUUGUUUUGGCCUCCAAUCACCUCAUAGAUACCACCUUUCACAAUUAUGAUAUUGACCCAUUAGCCAAUUCAAUGGCUGUUGCCUUAGUUUCAUCUGAUCCUGACUUAUCCAAAAGAAUGUUCUUCCAUACUAAUGAUAUAAUGAAUGUAACAAAUGCUUUAAAAGACUAUGAGGUUGUUUUCUUGGCAGCUCUUGUGGGGAUGGACAAGGAGGACAAGGUUAAAGUCAUCGAUCAUUUGGCUAAGUACAUGGCUCCGGGAGCUUUUUUGAUGCUGAGGAGCGCGCACGGUGCUCGGGCUUUUCUCUAUCCGGUGGUUGAUCCUUGUGAUCUUCGUGGAUUUGAUGUUCUUUCAGUUUUUCAUCCCACUGAUGAGGUUAUUAAUUCUGUUGUCAUUGCUCGUAAGAAUAUUGUUCUUGGCCCCAUGAUACUGCCUACCAAGUGUUCUGAAAUCCAAGCCUUCGAUCCCUUCAACCAUGGGAACAUGAUUGAGGAAUUGGCCAUUGAGGAGCAACUCUCGUAAACUCUGUCUUUCCUUCUCCAACAUGUCUGGACUCGAUCAGUCAUGUAAUGCUUUUUUCAUAUGUCACUGCGUGUUUAACUUGUUUAUCCCCCCCUCCCUUGGAAACAUGUUUUCAUUUUGUGUUGUUGCAUCUUCAAAUAAAAAGGGUCGUUUCAAUU